AUGGAAGACAUCACUAGCCAAGCGCCGCUGCUAGGUCGGGAAUCUAGCGGCGACGAAGGUAGUCAUAUCCGGAGAGAUUCUUAUGGAUCUGCUUCGAGCAAAGAUGAUGUGGUCGUCACUGUUGAUUCUGAAGAUGAAGGAGAGAGUGUAGAAGUGCAGAAUGGCAUCAAACAAGCCGAUGCUAUCAAUCAGGUUUGGUCAAGAGCUGCGCUCGUUUUAGCCUACUGCUUUAUUUUCCUGUGCUCGUUUGCGAAUACCCUACAAUGGCAGAUAAUGUCGAAUCUCAUGCCCUUCGUCGUUAGCGAAUUCCACGCGCACUCCCUAAUACCGACUAUCGGAAUAAUAGCAUCUAUCAUGAGCGGUAUUCUAAAGUUGCCGAUAGCUAAAAUGGUCGAUUCCUGGGGUCGUCCGCAGGGUCUUGCGUCUAUGAUAGGGCUCGCGACGCUAGGACUCGUACUAAUGGCCGCCUCCCAGGAUGUCCAGACUUACGCUGCGGCCCAGGUUAUCUAUCAAGUCGGCAUCAGUGGGUUCACCUACGUUCUUGAUAUCAUCAUCGCCGAUACCUCGUCGUUAAGAGAUCGAACGCUCGCGUUUGCAUUCAACAAUUCGCCCACCCUAAUCACCACAUUCAUCGGUCCACCAUUGGCGAAAGCAUUCCUUGAGAGUAGUAGCUGGAGAUGGGCAUUCGGGUUUUCCGCGAUAUUAUUUGUCGUUUUUUCCGUACCAAUACUUUCCAUCUUGGCUAUUAAUACACAGAAAGCGCGAAAGAUGGGUCUGCUCCAGACAUCCACCAGCAGUGGGCCGUGGACCAUCGCGAAACUACGUCAAUCCUUGAUUGAUUUCGACGCUGUGGGCAUGUUUCUUGCCGCGGCCGCUCUGACGCUAAUUUUGGUGCCAUUCUCGCUUCAUGGUUCCUCGGUUUCUGAUGUUCAUAGCUCCGUUGCUGUGCUCCCUAUACUCGGUCUCUUGUUUGCGAUUGCGUUUGGUGUACAUGAGCGUAGGGCUAAGCGACCGUUUAUGCGAUUUUCGCUUUUAUGCUCGCGAAAUGUGGCCGGUGCGUUCUUGUUGUCGAUCACGAUUUUUAUCGCAUAUUUCUCGUGGGAUGGUUUUUACACGUCUUACCUACAAGUCGUGCAUGGCUUAUCUGUCGAUGAGGCCGGUUAUGUUGGGCAUAUCUACGGCAUUGGUUCAUGUCUAUGGGCUGUGGUUGUAGGAUAUCUAAUUAGACGGUCCGACAGAUUUAAGUGGCUUGCUUUGGCCGCUCUGCCGGUACAUUUACUAGGUGGUGGGCUGAUGAUUGUCUUCCGAAGGCCUGAUACCCAUAUUGCAUGGGUUAUUAUGUGCCAAAUUCUCAUCACCAUCGGUGGUAGCACACUCGUAAUAUGCGAGCAGAUGGCUGUGAUGGCCGUUGCGAGCCACGCGGAGCUGGCCUCUGUCAUGGCUCUUCUAGGACUGGCUUAUUAUGUUGGUUCAGCCAUUGGCAAUUCACUCAGUGGAGCUAUCUGGAAUACGACACUCCUAGAAAUCCUUGCACAACUCUUGCCUACAUGGUCACCAGAAGAAAGGACUCUUCUUGGGCAAGAUCUGAAAAAACAAUUGAGAUACCCGAUGGGAACUCCUGUACGGUCCGCUAUCAUCGAGGCGUAUGGAAAAGCCCAAUACCGCAUGUGUGUGACGGGAACCCUCAUUUCCCUUUUUGAAAUUCUAGCGGUGGCGAUAUGGAAAGAUGUGAGGGUUAGCCAGUCUAAACAAGUCAAGGGCACUGUGCUAUGA